CGCCAACUACAAAGAGGUGCUCUCAAUAACUCCUCACAGAUGAGAUGAGCAUGUUGUAAUUAAUGAGAGAAAACACGUUUACUGUAUAAAUUGUAGGGCACGUUUAUUACGUUCAGCACACCGUCUCUCUCCACCAGAUUUCUUUUUUCUUCUCUCUCUCUCUCUCUCUAUACUCUCCACACACACCCACACACAAACUGACGAAAACUGAGUGGGUGUUUUCAGAGUGAUUGCAAUGCAAAUGCAAGCUUUAACGUUCUCUCAGCGGCCAUUUCCGACGACACGGAGUGUAUCUUCGGCGUCGGUAUCCGGCAUUUUCGCCAGAAACUGGAGCUCCUCUGUUAAAUUUCGGCUUCGUACAUUCCGGUGCAGAGCUCUGAAAUCUCCUUCUCUAGAGAUGGAUGAGAAGAGAUUUCUGGAAGCUUCACAAAACGGUAAUUUAAUUCCUUUAUACAAGUGCAUAUUCUCGGAUCAUUUGACGCCAGUGCUAGCCUACCGAUGCUUGGUUAAAGAAGAUGAUAGAGACGCUCCAAGCUUCCUUUUUGAAUCUGUAGAACCUGGCUUUCGUGCAUCAAGUGUUGGUCGAUACAGUGUUGUUGGGGCACAACCGGCAGUGGAAGUUGUAGCAAAAGAGAAUAAGGUUACAAUUCUGGACCAUGACUCAGGAAAAAUAAUUGAGAAGUUAGUAGAGGAUCCAAUGACAAUUCCAAAAGACAUUUCAGAAGGUUGGAGGCCGCAACAAAUUCAAGAUCUUCCAGAUGCAUUUUGUGGUGGAUGGGUUGGUUUUUUCUCAUAUGAUACAGUUCGCUAUGUAGAGAAGAAAAAGUUGCCAUUCUCUAGUGCACCAAAAGAUGAUAGGAACCUGGCUGACAUUCAUCUUGGACUGUAUGAUGAUGUAAUCGUUUUUGAUCAUGUAGACAAGAAAGCAUAUGUCAUUCACUGGGUGAGGUUAGAUCGAUUUUCAUCUGCUAAAAAGGCUUAUGAUGAUGGAAUGAAACGGUUGGAAACAUUGGUUUCUAAAGUGCAAGAUAUUGACCCUCCAAGGUUAUCUCCAGGUUGUAUUGAUUUCUGCACUCGUGAUUUUGGACUCUGCUUAAACAAGAGCAACAUGACAAGUGAGGAAUACAUGAAAGCUGUUAUACAGGCCAAAGAACAUAUUUUGGCAGGGGAUAUCUUUCAGAUUGUCUUAAGCCAACGUUUUGAACGAAGAACAUUUGCUGACCCGUUUGAAGUAUACAGAGCUUUGAGAGUUGUGAAUCCAAGUCCAUAUAUGGCUUAUUUGCAGGCUAGAGGUUGCAUUCUGGUUGCUUCAAGCCCAGAAAUUCUUACUCGUGUCAAAAAGAAAACGAUUGUUAAUCGACCCUUGGCUGGGACAGCUAGAAGAGGGAAGACACUCCAUGAGGAUGAGAUGUUAGAGAGGAAGCUUCUAAAAGAUGAAAAGCAAUGUGCUGAGCAUAUUAUGCUGGUUGAUUUGGGCAGAAACGAUGUUGGAAAGGUCUCGAAAUCUGGUUCUGUCAAAGUGGAAAAGCUCAUGACUGUUGAACGAUAUUCCCAUGUCAUGCACAUCAGCUCUACAGUCACAGGGGAACUGCUUGAUCAUUUGACGGGAUGGGAUGCACUGCGUGCUGCAUUGCCUGUUGGAACAGUUAGUGGAGCACCCAAGGUGAAGGCUAUGGAGCUAAUUGAUCAAUUAGAACCAACAAGAAGGGGACCAUAUAGUGGCGGCUUUGGAGGAGUAUCAUUUUUAGGCGAUAUGGACAUUGCGUUGGCACUCAGGACGAUUGUGUUCCCCACUGGUGUCCGUUACGACACAAUGUACUCCUACAAAGAUGGAAACAAGCGCCGAGAAUGGGUCGCACAUCUCCAAUCUGGAGCUGGAAUCGUGGCUGAUAGCCUUCCAGAUGACGAGCAAACAGAGUGUGAACGCAAAGCUGCCGGUCUGGCCCGGGCCAUUGACUUGGCGGAAUCAGCAUUUGUUAACAAAGGUUCUGCACAGCCAGCUAAGGUCAAUGGUUCUUCACCACCCCAAAUUCCUAAAACUGAACUAAUACCGCAAAAUGGAUUUUUGAGUGCUUGAAGAGGUGGAAACCAGUUGUACUAGUUCAGAACCAUAGCCGAUGCCUUAACUCAAAAAGAAAUCCGUCCUUUCACAAUUUUCUUGGGCUUUUACCAAUCUGCAGGCUAGUGAGAUUGGAAGAACUUCAGGCGAAAAGCUUCCUUCAUGGCCGUGGUCGAGGCAUGUGUUGGGGAAAGAAGGGACUAGACAGAUGGUCUUAAUGGGGAGCCUUGGCAAAAUGUGUACCUUGAUGAAGGUGGUAACAUCCGGUUUUCAUUUCUCAUGGUUGAUAGUUUGUAGUUUCUCUUUCUCUUUCCAAUAUAUGAUACAGUAUAUCUUACAACUCAUACGGCUGCUUAGUGCUUACAUGCCUGAACCUUUGUUUGGGGUGGGCCACCAUGAAGAAAAUGUUGUACUUUUUAUCAUUUUCAGUUGAUGACUCUUAUCUAUGUAUUGGAUACAUAAACAGUAGACGUAUAAACUAUGCCCUAGAGGCGAAAUCCUAGAAUGCGAAUGAGAAGACAUCACAAUCCAAAUUGGAUCUGCUAUUGGCAAUUUA